AUGUCAUUUAUGAUCGAUAAUAUUCUUGGUUCAUCAUCGACAUCAACAAAUACAAAUCGAAGACUACCACUUCAGUCAUUAACAAAUACUCUUAUAAAUAUCUCAUCAAAUAGUAAACAAAAAGAACGUCGUAUGUGGAAAUGUGAAACAUGUGAAAAAUCAUUUGAUCGUCCAUCAUUAUUAACACGACAUAUUCGUACUCAUACAGGUGAAAAACCACAUGAAUGUGAUAUAUGUUCAAAAGCAUUUUCAACAUCAUCAUCAUUAAAUACUCAUCGUCGUAUUCAUUCAGGUGAAAAACCUCAUAUUUGUGAUAUAUGUAAUAAAUGUUUUACUGCAUCAUCAAAUCUUUAUUAUCAUAAAUUAACUCAUAGCAAAGAUAAACCUCAUAAAUGUUUACAAUGUUCAAAAAGUUUUGCAACACCAGGUGAUCUUCGUUGUCAUUCACAUGUACAUAAUGGUACAUGGCCAUAUCGUUGUCCAAUAUGUACAAGAGGAUUUUCAAAACAAACAAAUCUUAAAAAUCAUUUACUUAUUCAUACUGGUCAAAAACCAUUUCAAUGUCAAUAUUGUUUAAAAAAAUUUUCAUUAUCAUGUAAUCUUCGAUCACAUAUUCGUAUACAUCAUAAUGAAUUUCCAUUAGAUUUUUCAUCAUCAACAUUUUCAGAAAAUCAUUCUUCAUUAUCAAUUGUUGAUGAUGAUCAAGAUCAAAAUUCUAUAAUUGAUGUUGAAAAUCAUGAUUAA